GUUUUUAAAGAAUCCAUUUAUAGAUAAGGUACAAGAUUUAUGUGUAUGACCUCUUGGCUAAAUAUAAGCCAUUCUGCUAGAUGAGCAGAGAAACAUGCACCUAAAGGUGUUUGAUUAUUCUAGGUGGAAUGUAUUGUUCCUGAAAAUACACGUAGGAAGUGCAGAUGUAGCCAUAGAACAAAGGUUCUAGUGGAAGUCCUUUAAUGUUUACUCACAAUUGCGGUGCCAGGACGGAGGAGGUACAAUGCUACAUUCAUGUGGUAACGCAAAGUCUACGUUGCUAGGUUCACCUGUGAUAUAUGACCCCUUGUCAAAGUUUUGAUCAAAGAAAACAGUUUUCUCACCAUGCUUUGAGGAUAAGGUGCUGGCAUUGGCUGUAAGAUUUGCCCAAACUGUAAACCUCUUCAGACUAGUUACCACUCAGAAGUCUUGUUUAAAAGGACUGGUGAGACAUGUGCUGCGAGUGUGUGGUUCCAUCAGAAGCUUGUUUGCACCGUAUGUUACCUGGUUCUCCUGCGCACGUAAGAUUUACAGGAUUUUCAGCCUUUGAUGAAGAAGGGGAGACCAUGCUGCAUUCUCUGGCUUCCAUGCACCUUCCGAGGUUCCUCUACACGAAACAGCGAUCGUUGAUAGAAAUGAUCGAGCUUCAGCAGUUUCCUCAGUCGGGAACAAAAGUGGAAGUGAUUGACAGAAAGCUUCAUCGGGUAAAGCAAUGUCCGAACAUGAAAACUGUGUCCGAACAAGUCUCCAUGCAGAAUGGGCAGAUACGGGACCAACCAAGCGACUCCAAAUCUAAUUGGUCUUUUUACAAGAAGCCCCAGAAGGAAGUUCUUUCUGUUCCUAAAGUCUUGCCACUAGAGGAUGUCACUUCACAGGAAUCAAAUGAGGAGGAGAAUGAACUACAUGUUCGGACUAUACAACCACUUAGUGUAGAAGCACAGCUUAGACGGUUGUCUCUAGAAGCUUUGGAACAGGACUCAGAGGAUUUGAAGGGCUGGUUUUCAUCUGAAGGGACAGAAGAUGUGAGGUUAUAUGAAAGAAGGAAGGGACCAAGGAUAGAGCCACUAAAGAUGCCAGACUUCACAGAAGAGGAUGUGUUCAUGAGUGGAGAUCUAGAUGAUAAAAUCCAAAGCUCAGAUCCACUAGCAAUGAAGAUGCAGCAAGCACCACCACCCUUAGAAGGAGAUGAUGCUGUGUAUCUUAAUUUCAUGAGGUCACACCAUAUAUACGACAUCAUCCCAACCAGCUCCAAACUAGUGGUGUUUGACACCCAGCUACUGGUGAAGAAAGCCUUCUUUGCGUUAGUGUACAAUGGUAUAAGGGCUGCUCCUCUGUGGGAUAGUAGAACGCAGAACUUUGUAGGAAUGUUGACAAUCACGGACUUCAUCAAUGUGUUACAAAAGUACUACAAGUCUCCACUGGUCCAGAUGGAUGAACUGGAGGAGCACAAGAUUGCCACAUGGAGAGAGGUGCUAGGACUGACCAACCGGCCACUUGUCAGCAUAGACCCAGAUGAGACGUUGUUUGAAGGCAUUAAGAGACUGAUCGGGUGCAAGAUCCAUCGUCUUCCUGUAAUAGACGAGACUACGGGCAAUGCAAUCUACGUCCUGACUCACAAGAGGAUACUCAAGUUCCUCUGGUUAUAUCUGAAGGACAUCCCCAAGCCAGACUACAUGAACAAUACUCUAGAGGAGCUGGGCAUCGGGACCUAUUCCAACAUAGCAACUGCCUCUGGCAACAUCCCCGUAAUCCAGGCCCUGCACAUCUUUGUGCAGCGGAGGGUGUCCGCUCUGCCCGUGGUUGAUGACAAUGGGAAAGUCGUGGACAUCUAUGCCAAGUUUGAUGCAAUUAAUCUGGCAGCUGAGAAGACAUACAACAACCUGGACAUCACGAUCCGGCAGGCACUACAGCACCGCAGCCAGGGGUUCGAGGGCGUGCACCGCUGUCUGAAGACAGAAACGCUGGACACCAUCUGUGACAGGGUGGUCAAGGCAGAGGUGCACAGACUGGUGGUGGUGGACACGGAUGACUGUGUGGUGGGAGUCGUCUCACUCUCAGACAUCCUCAAGUUCCUGGUCCUCAAGCCUGCAGACCCAGUUUGUAUGUCUUAUACAGGCUUGAUGCCCCCGCGCCCGGACACAACGAUUACCUCCCAGCCCGUGUCGGAGCGAACAAACUCACCAAACACACAACCAUCCACCCCUCCCGGAGAAUGAUCAACACCAAACACCGUAGACCAGCUUAGACCGGAAACACUGAGAAACACAAGUUAACUUCAUACUCUUGACUGUGAUACUGUGAGGCAGAGAUACUCAUUAAUGCAUUUAUUAACUGUACAUUCAGUGAAGAUAUUAGCGUAGUCUGUGUAGAAGCUAAAAUGAUGACAAUCUAACUUGGAGCGGAGUCGGGUCCUGUUGUGAGGAGUACAUGAACAUAUCAUGUGUUUGUCGAUGAAGACCUCAUGGAAAAGGUGUCAUUCUGUUGUCUUUGAGUGCUUCGGAAAAUGUCGCCUGUAGUUUGGGAGUAAUCUAGAAUUGAAGACUUAGUCGCAUAGUUUAUUACUGCACCAUUGUUCUUACAGCACGUAUGGUUGUGUGAACCAAUGUAAGUUUGAUAAUCUUAAAGAUAAACCCUUCACGUAACAAACUCAACCUUGGUAGAGUUGAUGCACACUUAUAUAGAUUAGCCCUUGUGUUUUUUGUUCAUGAGGUCUACACUGACUAAUGCAUCACAGCCUGUCCGUAUGGUUGUGUUAAGAUGUAUGUAUGUUUUCAGAUGGCAGCAAAGAUUUUUAGAUAGGAAGACUUUGUACAAACAAGUUGAGUAGUUCUGAAACUGUGGUACUUGUGUAAUCCGUGCAAGCAUGGUGCUACUAGAAUCUCUCUGCAAAAUGCUAGUUCAUGGAUAUCGAUAUUGUUAUGAAUCGGUGAUUGCUCCCAUUUGUUUGCAUCAUGAUCAUAUUUCAUAUUUAUUUCAUGCUGAUUUCGAUGGAAAUUUGCACUUUUCUGUAUUCCGUAAAACACACAAUCUGCCAUGAUGUAUCCAUAUUUGCAGAAUUUUUGUUAAGCAUAUCUUACAGCUUGCUGAUUUUUUUAGUUGAAAAUCUUAUUUUUUUGCUACUCACAAUAUCUAUUUUCAAGCCUCAUCUCAGUUAUGGUGUUUAGUACCACAAGGCUUUCAUAAAAAUUCCUCUAAAAAAAAGACUCUAGUAAACCAUUGUGUUGUGUCAAACUGUACCAGGUGCAAAGACUAGUUUAGUAGUUGUCAUUGUCUUCAAACUGCGUGUUGUAUCAGUUGGAUGAAGUAUUCAUGUAUGGAUGUGUCCAAAGAUGACACAGUGGUUCUGAACCAAAUAGUGCUCUGCAAAGUGUACAGCCGUGUUUAUUAUAUGAAUAUUACUAUGUACAUAAACAAAGUAGUGUAAGCAAGGCACAUAAUUGCAAAUGUGCAAAAAAACAUAUGGAUUAUGGAGAUGUAAAGAAGAGAAGAUGUAUGUGUUGUUUAUCCAGGAUGUCUUUCAGUUGGCUUUGAAGGUCUGUGGGUAACAUGGUCAGUUUGGUAGGCUACAUUAAAAUGUCAGCAUUUCA